AGCAUUGGCCCCUCAUAAUUUGGCUGUUCUCUAGGAAGACAAGAAACAAUUGAGAGUACUGCAAACUCUGGUGCGUAGAUCUAUCUAUUUUGGGCUCUCAUUAUCAAAUCUGCUCAGCGAGACAAGCUGCCGCCGAGGUCAAGAUGAACCACACGCUCGAGAUCAAUGUGCCUCCCCCACCAGCACCUUUGGGAAGGCGCACAACGUCGAAGGUCGUCGAAUUGAACGCCUUACGCUCCUCAGACCGUACUCAAAACAUCAUUGAGCCUCAAGGUUUUGCGUUUUCUGAGAGCCUCAACAAGACUCAAGGCGUGGCGCUGUUCCUUGGUAGUUCCUCGCAUCAGAAGUCUGGCUCUCUUUUCGGAGGACAGGAUCCAGCUCCUAGAACCUCCCCCAAAGAAAGGAGUGGCAGAUCCACUUGCGUGACUGACAAACAAAGAGGUACCAGUUGUAGCCCCUCACCAAAUAGGGCCGUAUCCUUCAACACCUCAAACACCAGAUUGGAUGACAGCAAGGACAUUGCAGGUCGUGAACCCCAGCAGAAGACUGCUCUUCUCGGCUCCCGAUCCAGCAACUGUGAUGUCAUCCCCCCUAUUCCCUCCAAACAAAUCUCAUGGGACGUCGCCACUGUCUCGAGUCACAGCAGCAACAGUUCCUUGAGCCAACGCUCUGGUCCCAGGAACAGCAAUGCCCAGUGGCAGAGGACGGAUUCUAUCUGCACUAGCCAAUUCCAGGAGUUUGGAACGCCUGCCCAAGAAACAUGUGUUUGCAGAUGCCAGGAUUCAACCUCUGGUGAGGAACUUCCUGCAGACGAUGAUUCUCAGAACAGCUUUUACUGUGAUUCUCAGUUUCCCAAUGAUCAUGAAGGAGACUACAUUGCCGAACAGGCACCAAGGAGGGACCAGGACGAAUACAAGACGUUUCAAGAACUCACAUCCCAAGCACCCAACAAGAUGCAAAGCACUGCUGCAGAUGAGACAUAUGAGAUGGAACUUGCACCCGGUUUUUAUGUCCCCUUUCGUGGUGCCAAUGAAGUGUGGGAUGCCAUUGAUAGCCACACUACAUUGGAAUGCACUUGUUUGGAAUGUUCAAUCCAAUUAGUCUGUGUUAGAGACUGUGAACAUGUUGUCUGUCCUGAUUGCAGAAUGGUCAACCCUGUCUUCGAGCACCCAGCUGGUGUUACCAAUCCCUUUGGAGCCGGGAUGGGUCUCAAGAAGGAAUGGAUCACCUCAGAGCAAUGAAGGAGCCGUGGACUGCCCAAAUGAUGUGACGACCACAGGUACUCCCGAUAGAACUAGAACCAAUUCCCCCGCAGCACCCAAGCUCUUGCUUUCCAUCUGCGGCUUAUUUGAAUGUGGUACUACUGGUACUAUUGACUUACUUGUUACCCAUUGGGACUGUACCUCCUACGGGAACAAUGGUCAACUCCCGGAUUGCUUAAUCAGGAGGGCGCCAACGUUUCCAAGUACAUGUAUAAAGACCAGUGCGAAUCCCAUCACACCUCCCUCCAGCCACCCCUUUGUUGUUUUUGUGGAUGGCAUGCUUGCUCACCAAGCCAAGAUUCUCUUACAACGCCUUGCUACGGUCAAUGCCAACAAAACUCAGUACUCAUACUCUCAAAUGAGGUUCUUCAUGCAGAGCCACAUCUCAAUGGCCCUGCUAAAGUCACUCAUUUAUGUCUCCGUGGUUCUGGCAAAGCCAAGCCCUUCGGCCCCCAUGUUGCUCCUCGAUUUAUCUCCCCUGAUCCCAAGAAAGCUAGUCCUAAAUUUCCACUCUUCUUUGCCAAAGCCUGGACCUCACUAGCUUCCAUACGGUGGAUAACUUCCCUUCUAUAAACCCCCUUUAUCC